UCAACUGUUUAGGGAAAUAAACAAACGGGGGUUACCGUCUUCCUUCAGCAGCGACAGCUUUGGCUUUCAUUUUUUGGUCACUUCAACUGCAAAACAAAACAAUUUAACACAGUAUUUCGUUUUUUUUUUUAAACCCGCCACAUUGUAUGUGUUGCUUGCAUCAGCGGGGGUAGUGAUUACGGUGUGUGGUUCAGCUUUGCCACAAUCUGCCCGGUUGUCCUGCCUGCAGCCUCGCCGCCUUCAGGGACCAUCAUGUCUGAUCUAAUUCUGCUGCUGCUGAUCGCGGUGCUCCUGUUUUGUCUGGUGGUGACAGUGGGGGGGUUUCUGCUGUACUCGGGGCUCCUGUCAGACGUGCUCAUUAAGACCGGACCACCUCCUGUCAAGAGUGUCACCAUCGCCUAUAAGUUCAAGCAGGGCUCGUACAAGGACUGCGGGGCUGACUACACGGAGAGCUGCAGCAUCGGCCCCAAACUCAGCUGCAUCGGGAUCUUUUACGAUGACCCCAAGCAGAGACCACAAGAAAAAUGUCGCUACGUGGUGGGCAGCAUCCUCAGUGAGGGUGAAGAGAAGCCGGAUGAAGAAGUGCUGAAGCUCUACGAGAAGUUUGGCUUCAAGGUGUUUUCUCUGCCAGAAGUGAGCCACGCCGUGACCACCAGCUUCCCGUGCACCACCAGCUUGUCCUACGUGCUGGGUCCUUACAGGGUCUACCCCACACUGUCUUCCUACAUUGAGGAAAGGAAGCUAUGUGCCUUCCCAAGUAUUGAAAUCUGCAAUUCAGAUGUCAUCAAAUAUAUGGUCCCACUGUCUCAUCAGACAGACUUCUUUGUGCCAGAAAUGAAAGAGGAGCCCAAAACAGAUGUGAAAGAAGAUGACUCUGAUGAGGACAGAGGAACUGACAUCACAGGUGCAGAUUCCCACAGCGAUGUGAGUUCAGUGAGUGGAGGCGUGCCCUGGGACAGCAGAGAGACAUCACUGGCAGCAUCUACGGCCGCCUCCCUGGCCUCCUCUCUACCCCUGAGGGAUGUAAUGGAUGCAAACGAAGACGUUAAGCACAGAGACCACAGUGACAGAGGCUCAAACGCAUCUAUGGAAAGCGGCUCCUCCUUUGAGGAGCUUGACAUGGACCAGGAAGACGGGGAGGAAGCGGUCAACUCUGAGGGCGAAGGUGGAGCUAGGGAAGCAGAUGAACUGGUGGCUGAGAGGAAGGAGCCCUUGGGAGAUGAACAGGACUAGGCUGGAUGUUGAAGCAAAAGGGAUGUUGCCAUGUAACACAGGCAUUUUAAAAAGUUUUUCAGCUGUGCUGUUGUUGGUUAUCUGUUGAGUAAUUUUGCUGGUGGAUCUAAAACUGUUCAUGCCAUGACCAAGACUUCUCAUAUCUGCACUUUCUAAAUUUCUAUUUGAAGACUGCUCUUUUAUUUAACCUUAAUCUCAGUUUUUAGAAAUAAUUCUUGGUUACAUAUUUAAACGCUGUUGAGGGUAGAGAAACAUUGAGAUUCUCAGCACAAGAUGUGCAAUAAAUUAGUGGGAAAAUCUGUUAUAUUACAGUAACACUUAUAACCCUGGAUCGUCAAACAGUACAAUAUUGUGUGGCCGUUGAUUUAGUACCACAGCUGUCACGAUCAUAAUAAAGACAUUCCUGUGAGGUUUGCGGAGUAUUACCUGAGUAUUACCCCUCGUUUUACUGAUAUGAAGUAAUGGACUUCUGCUGUAAAAAUGAGAUGGACCUGCUUCAUCGUGUUAUUCACGCAGGGGAAUUUUUUUAAUCUGAAGCAGAUUUAACAACUUUGUAACAACACCACCUCCACCAGAACAAUUUUUUUUUAAUAAAAGUCAAACAUGCAAGCUUUUCCUUGGCCGAAUGUACAGGAUACAUUAUUAUCACUCUGUGCUUCGAUAACUGCUUUUUUAUGCAAUGUUGUCUUUCUAUAUUUGGUAUGUUAAACCUCUCUUUACUUCCGUUUUUCCUGUUGUGGCCAAAGUUCACUUUGGCUGCUAUCAGAGCCGAGUUGUGUAAUCUUUGUAGGUUGACAUGGUUGGCGUUGGAAAUGUAGAAGUGUGCAUUGCAUUGCCAUGUCUGCGUCUUUCUGCUUGGAAUAAAAUUUUCAAAUUGAAA